AUGGAACACCAAUUCAAACCACAUCAAACUACCCCGCAACAUGCGCCAUUCAGCAACUUCCUGCCACUUCCCACCUUUGAGUCUGACAACAAAGGCGAUCUCGACAUCACGGAGGCAAUAAUUCUCGGGCUUGACAGCAUAGUUAUUGCUGGAACAGGAGCCAGCAAGAUGAUGCCCUUCAUGAUGCCCCUCCUUCUCGAUGACAAGAAGAAGGUGAUCGUAAUCUCACCUCUCAAAGUUCUCCAAUCAGAGCAGGCUGAAAGAUUCGAAAAAAUGAAGCUGGCAGCUGUUGCUGUUAACGGUGACACAUGGAAUUCCGAGCUACAGAAGGAUCUCGAGCAAGGGAAAUAUCGCAGCAUAUUCAUGUUGCCUGAGAUGUGUCUGAAGCAUACUGAAUUCCGUAACCACCUGACCUCAAGCUUUCAAGAUAUAUGUGCCGUUAUUGUCGAUGAGGCCCAUUGCAUCGCGCAGUGGGGCGGAGAUUUCCGUACCGCCUACAGCGAGAUUGGAAAGCUGCAUGCCUUCUUUCCGCCCAAUAUUCCCAUCCUCGCUACCUCCGUGACUCUCCCACAAGCUGCCCUCCAGGAGGUUUGCUCUCAGCUCGGCAUCGAUGCCGCAGACAGUUUCUUUCUCAAUCUCAGCAACGACCGCCCCAACAUCGAGUUCUCUCCCAACCCCUCAACACCUGAUGACUUCCGCAAGAGCAUUGUCUUCAUCGAUUCAGUACAGUCGUCCCACCAGGUCCUUUGUGAGGUCCAUUCGUGGUAUCCAUGUCACCUCCGCAAGCACAUUGACUUCCUCCAUGCCCACCGAUCACCCAAGGCCAAGUGGCAGGCGAUGCGGCGAUUUAGGAAUGGCCGCACAAGAAUCCUCAUCGCUACCGAGGCAGCAGGCAUGUUUGGCGUUCCCUUGUCACUGUCAGUCUGGAUGCAACAUGCGGGGCACGCAGGCCAAGACCCAAGCAUCAAUGCACGCGCCAUUCUUCUGGUGGAAAAAUCAAUGUUUGAACAGCAGAAAAUACAGAAAGGCCGCAAGAAGAAGGGGGUGGGUGAUGAAGCUGUGCGCGAGGUGGAGGAGGAAAUUGGUGGUGGUGACGAGGUUGAGGUUGAGGUUGAGGUUGAGGAGAUAAGGAAUGAGGAAGAUGCCGAGGGAGCAGGUGAUGAUGUAGCAGGAGCUGUGGGGGGUGAUGCCGAGGGGCCACCUACUGUAGACAAGCAUGCAGAGACACCAAGACCAGGUUAUGAGUUUUGUAAAAAGGUUGACAAGGACCUUCGAUGUUGGAUUGUGACCAAGGACUGCCGGAGAGAUGUGGCUGAUGAUUACUUCGGCAACCCUCCUCGAGAGAAAGCACCCACCAGAGCAUGCUGCGACAACUGUGAUGGCCUACCGGCUGAUCUUGAAUCCUCGUGGCCUUCAACACCUGUUCAGUCAACACCUCCGGGCAGCAGCCACUCAACCCCUUCGAAAUCCAUCAACAAAAAUGGCAAGCGUCUGAUGACAGAGGGCAAGAAACCGUCAACACGAUGUGGCGACCUUCUCCAGGCCACUCGGGAUGCUCUGAUCAACUGGCGGUUCAACACGAAGCGAGCAAGAUACAACCCCAGUUCCGUCACUGCUGAGUCUCUCAUGCCAGAGAAUGUCUUGAAAACUCUCGCCUCUUCUCGCCGGAUCUCAUCAAUCAAGAAUAUCGAUGUCAACUGCGUUGUUGGGCUUGUCCGGUUCGGAGUUGGGUUUGUCUUCGACAGGGUACUCAUUUCCCUCAAGAUCAUGGUUAUCAAACAAAUUGUCCUCCUGGGGCAGUCUCGGCAUUUCGUGUGCUCAGAGAGGAGGUUGUAUGAUGCAGUAAACCAAUAUGGGUUGUAUGGGGAAUAA